AUGUUUCCUAUAUCAAUUACCAGUCAAAGUCCAUUUACAAAAUUGUCUUCAGAUUACCCAAAAAUACAUAUAUUCUCUUCUAAUAAGUUCUCUCACUUGAAACCAGUUCCGUGCCCUUUCCUCAACAAAAACCCCAACACCAUUAACAACCCUGCAAAGUCCAAAACUCAUCCUUUUGGCUCCAUUUUAGUAGCCCCAGAUCAAGCUUCUCCUAAGAAAGGCAAGAUAAAUAGGGGAUACCGGGAAAGGAGAGGUUUUGGCCAAGUGGGUGGCCAACAGAUGCUGGUUCUUUGUGGGUUUGGGUAUUGGAUGCAGGGGUUUAGGUGCUUUCCUUGGCUUGCUCUCAACUUCCAUAUGGCUCACAAUCUCAACUUGCAUCCAUCAACAUUGCAGCUUUUGCUAAACUCUGGUAACCUUCCCAUGGUGGCCAAGCCUCUUCAUGGAAUCCUCUCUGAUGCUCUUUACAUUGGAGGUGCUCAUAGAAUACCUUAUAUCCUAGUGGGAGUCUUUUUGCAGGUGCUGGCUUGGGGGCCACUGGCAUUGAUACCUGUUGCACAGGAAGCCCUUUCAAUUCUCAUGGCAUGCAUUCUUAUCAGUAACCUCGGUGCUUCAAUCACAGAAGUUGCAAAGGAUGCACUUGUCGCCGAGUAUGGCCAAAAAAACAGAAUUGGAGGCCUCCAGUCUUAUGCAUUUAUGGCUUUAGCAGUUGGUGGAACCCUAGGCAACUUGCUAGGUGGUUGUUUCUUACAAAAAACACCACCCAAAACCAUGUUUCUUGUAUUUUCAGUUCUGCUAUCUCUUCAACUAGCAAUUUCAUCAACAGUGAGAGAGAAAUCUCUUGGUUUAUCAGAACCAUCAGAUCACAACCAUUUGAAGAAAUCAAUUUGGGAGAAUAUCAGAAAACAGCUAAGUGAUCUUAAAACUGCAUUAAACGCUGACAACAUUUCCUGCCCUCUCACUUGGAUUGUAGCAUCUAUUGCUACGGUCCCGAUUCUCUCGGGAUCCAUCUUUUGCUACCAAACACAGUGUCUACAUCUUGAUCCUUCAAUUAUUGGAAUGUCACGCGUAAUUGGCCAGUUGAUGCUUCUUUCCAUGACUGUACUCUAUGACCGUUAUUGGAAAGAAGUGCCUAUGAGGAAAUUGGUUGGUGUGGUCCAGUUUCUAUAUGCUUCUUCUCUUCUUCUGGACUUUCUUCUAGUGACACGGAUCAAUCUUAAACUGGGAAUUCCCAAUGAGGUAUUUGCCUGUUGUUUUUCGGGUUUAGCAGAAACACUUGCACAAUUUAAGCUCCUUCCUUUUUCAAUGCUAUUGGCGAGUUUAUGUCCUCAGGGUUGUGAAGGAUCCCUUGCCUCUUUCUUGGCAUCAUCAUUGUGUUUAUCAUCAAUUGUCAGCGGGUUCUUGGGUGUUGGGUUAGCUUCUCUGAUUGGAAUAACAUCUGAUGAUUACUCGAGCCUGCCAGUGGGAAUUUUCAUACAGUUCCUUGCCGCGUUGUUGCCUUUAGGAUGGAUUCAUCCUGUACCCAUGUCCAAACCCAUUGUCGAGAAGGAAAGAAAGCCAGGUAUGAGUAAAAAAACACGGAAAAAUAGAAGGGUUGGAAAAGUGGUGUUUGGCUCUAGUUAUGUUUACCGGCGUGAAAGAGAUUCUGAUUCACAGAGUUAA